AUGAAAACCUUCCAUAGCCAUGUCAGCACCUUCAUGUUCAUAUUCUCUCUUUUCUUCUUCUACCCUUUUGUCAGUGUAGCCGUUGACACCAUCACACCCACACAACCCCUCACCAUCAAUCAAACUCUAGUCUCUCAUGGUGAAGUUUUCGAGUUGGGUUUCUUCAACACAAACAACGGUAGUUUGUAUAUAGGAAUUUGGUAUAAACAAAUUCAACAGCUAACGUAUGUUUGGGUAGCUAAUAGAGACACCCCCAUUACUUCAUCGUCCGGGAACCUAACCAUCGUCGACAACGAUAACAUGGUGCUGGUAAACCAAGUGGGAACCGUCGUCUGGUCAUCAAAUCAACCCACAAAGGCGGUGAAGACGGUUGCGCAGCUUUUGGACAACGAUAACUUUGUGCUUCGACCGGAAAACGAUGAGAAACUGGAGAAUUAUAUUUGGCAAAGCUUUGAUUAUCCGACUGAUACUCUAUUACCGGAGAUGAAACUGGGGUGGGACAAGAAAUCUGGAAUUACUCGGCGUUUGCAGUCGUGGAAGACGAGCGAUGAUCCGACGAUAGGUGAUUAUUCUUUUAAACUGGAUACUAGUGGCUUCCCGGAGCUUCUAACAUUGAAAAACGAAACAAGAAUUUGGCGAACUGGGCCAUGGAAUGGGAUAAGGUUUAGCGGCGUACAACAGAUGGUGGGGGUGGAUAUAAUGCAAUUUGAAUUACAUGAUAAUUCCGAUGAGAUCAGUUAUAAGUUUGAAAUGGUGAAUAAUUCUAUCUAUUCACGAUUGGUUAUAAAUUCUUUUGGUGUUAAUCAAAGAUUGGUUUGGGAGAAAACAACAAAAACCUGGAGGUUGUACUGGUCUUUCUCCAAGGAUUGCGAUCAUGUUGGAAUCCUAAGUCGAGUAGGACUUGGAGACUAA